AUGUUCCCUGAUUGGGAGACUGAAGAUCUAUCAACCUUAUUGAGCGAACACAAGAAUGAUGUUGAGAUAGUAAUCGACUUGAUCGUCAAUAACAAAGUUGCAAAGUGGGAGCCUAUCAAGAAAGAGGUGAAACCUAGAAAGAAAGAUGAUCAUCAUGACCAUGCACCAUCUACAAAUAAUCCACAGCAUCAUGAACUGAUUUCGAGACCCAAUAAACAUCAGAAGGAGAAGCCAAAGACCGAUAAAAAAAGAGAGAAGAGGGGUGCUCAAAUAUCUAAGAAAGAAACACACCUGGCUCAACCAGUUCACACAAGCACUUCAAAUCUAGGUGGCCAAAAGACCUCUGUUUCGAAGACUGAGUCUGCUAAAGCUGAUGGCAGAAAGAGCUCGAGCUCAUGGGCCGCUGCAUUGAGCAAGGAUUCGAGACCCAGAACCAAAUCAGGUGUCACUCAGCUCACUAAGGGCCCUGGGGAGGAGAAGGAUGAAGUGACAACCCAGGAUCCAGUUCAGGAAGUUGCUCGUCAUUCGGAAGAAGAUGACACCAACAAGCAGGUGUCUGAUCAACAAACCUCUUGGGCAUCUGCAAUUAAGCCUAAGUCAAAGACAACUAAAGUGGAAUCCACUGAACCACCACUGCAUGACCAAGUCAAUGAUGUGCCCAUUGCGGACGAUGGGGCUCAUAGCCAAUUUGUUACAAAUGAAGUUGUCGAGCAAGGUGCCCCUGUAACCGCUUAUGAUUCCCAAGCAAAACAAAUCUCGCCUUCGGCGGUCAAAGAAUCGGAAGUUGUAUUGCCGCAAGAGGUCAGUAAUGUUGGUGUUUCGUUUGGAUCUUUAUCAUUGAACGAAAAAAAUGCUGCCGUCGAGGAGGUUGAGCGUCAACGUGCCACCAAACCCCCUUCAUCUGCCCCGCCAUAUCUCAUCAACCAACGUCAGAGGGCACUUUCCAAACUGCCGGGGAUGAUAUCAAUAAGUUCAACACUUCACAGACUCAAGAACCUCAGAGUGCCCAGCAACUUCAACACUCCAACGAUCAACAACAUGACCAACAACUCCAUCUGA